GUAGAAUAGUGAAGAACAAGAUGAAGUACUGUUAACUUACCAGGUAUAUCAAGUCUCAGAUGAUCUGUAAUUAAAACGUCCAGGGGAUUUUCUUGUUGUCUCACAUUACUGUAUGGACAUAUGAAGGAGAGCUUUAAACCAGUAUGCUCAGGUACAGGUAGUAACACACUGUGUCAGUAGGGACAGGUGAUCAAUGUGAAACUGACACUUAUCAUCCCCGCUCACCCAAUCCAAAGUCUGUUGUUAUCUCAGAAUUAGAUAUAUUUUGUUCAAAGUUCCUGGCUGCCUCCGUGAUGUAGUUGAGGAGUUAAGAGAUUAUAAGCCCCGAGAUAUCCCGCAGUUCUUCUAAUAGGAAAGACAAUGUUCUCGCCGUCAGCAAUGUACCAGUCCGUGACCUCUUCGACCCUCCUCCUGACCUUUGCUCUCUUCCCACUGGUGUACAUCUGCCUGGCUGUCUGGAGGUGGUUAAGACUGAUUUGGCAGACUGAAAAGACUCUAUCACAGUUCCCCUGUCCGGAACGACACUGGCUGUAUGGAACAUUGAAAGAUUUCAAGGUGCCCAAUCACAAGUUUCUGGAGGGAAAUGUGCGAUUCACAGAGCGGUUCAAGCGGGCUUAUGUACAGUGGAUAGGUCCAUGGUGGGGGGUACUGGUUGUGUGUCACCCAGAGACAGUCAAGGCUGUACUGAAGGGCCUUGACCCUAAAGGACCUGUCUAUUCCUAUGUAAGACAGUGGCUAGGAGAUGGUCUGUUGACCAGUGAUGGGCAGAAGUGGGCACGCAAUCGACGUCUGCUCACGCCUGCCUUCCAUUUUGAUAUUUUGAAGCCCUAUAUCCAUGUGUAUAAUUCUGCAGUGGAUGAGUUCCUGGAUAAGGUAGAUAAAAGUUUGAAGGAUGGGAAAUCUACGUUUCCUGUGUUUAAGAAUGUCAGUCUUCUAACUUUGGAUGUGAUUUUGAACUGUGCCUUUUCAUUUGAAUCCCACUGUCAGACUACUGGUGAAAACCAUCCUUACAUACAAGCUGUGUAUGAAUUAUGUUCCUUGGUUUCAAAAAGGCAGUUUAACCUUCUCCACCUAAGUGAUACUUUGUACUACCUGAGCUCAGAAGGGAAGAGGUUUAUUCAUUACUGUGAAGUGGUCCAUAGGGAGUCCGAGUAUGUCAUCUCUCAGAGGAAGGCUGCCCUGGCAGCCGGACAAGGGAAGCCGCUCAAAAACAAGAAAUAUCUGGACUUUUUGGACAUCUUAUUAACAACUAAGGACAUGGAUGGUAGUGGUUUGUCGGACACAGAGAUCCGUGAAGAGGUCGACACGUUCCUGUUUGAGGGUCAUGACACGACUGCUAGCGGGAUCUCCUGGGCCCUAUACGCGCUCGCUAGGCACCCAGAACAUCAAGCCUGCUGCCGGCAGGAGGUGGACGAAGUGCUGAAUGGACGAUCCACUGACCACAUAGAAUGGUCUGACCUGCCCAAAUUGAAGCACCUGACACACUGUCUGAAAGAGACGCUAAGGAUGUACCCACCAGUGUCGUAUAUCUCUCGAAAGCUGUCAAGGGAGAUCACUGUGGAUGGGAAGAGAGUUCCUGUGGGAACCAACGUUCAGAUACCGAUCUACAACAUUCACCACAACCCUGAGGUCUGGACUGAUCAGAUGAAGUUUCUGCCGGAGAGGUUUGAGGCAUCUAACACCCAGACCAUGCACCCAUUUGCCUUCAUCCCGUUCUCAGCUGGACCCAGAAAUUGUAUUGGUCAGAACUUUGCUCUGAAUGAAGAAAAAGUCAUUUUGGCCCGAAUCUUGAGAAGAUAUGAAUGGAGUCUAGGUUCACCCAAAGAGACUCUUCCAUAUUUCCAACUGGUGCUCAGAUUUGAGAAGGAGCUGGAUCUCAAGUUUACUCCACGUUGUCUAUGAUGUCACUGUCAACAGGGCAGCUAAAGCUGCUGUGCAUUUGCUGCCAAACUUAAGUUGCUGUUUAGGUGCAGUCAAGAAAAACUAACCCAUUUGAAACAGACUUAAAUUUUUAGAACGGGUUCUAUUUUGUCAAAAAAUUAUUGUUUUUAAAGAGAAUAUUUUACGACAACUUUUUAUAUCGACCUAUCAUUUUGGUUGUCUGAAGACUGAGGCUGCCUGGACACUAGAUAGUACACCUUGGCUGUUUGGACAGCAGAUGUGACACCCAGCUAGGCUGUCUAGACACCAGACUGAGGCAUUUCAUCCAAUCCAGUGACAGAGUGCUAAUGCACCCAUUCUUCUGAUCAUAGCUAUGUUGGUGGCAUUAGAAAGUGACCUUUAACAGAUUGUCCAUGAACUGUACAUUUAACUGUACAGGGUGAAGUGUUGAGGUGGCUUUCAGUUGGCAAGAUUAUCAGGAAAUCCCAAUAUGCACUGAUCAUGUUUGAGGUAGAUCAACACCAGUUAUUAACAAUGUAACAUAAAAAAGGGUUAAAGGAUUUAGCACUGAUUAAACUAUUAACAUUGAUAUGGACUUGAUAAUAAAAUCGAUGUGGAUAAUAAAAAUUCUACAGUAGAUACUAAAUUUAAAAAAUGAACAAAAAAUAUAAUCAGUAUGUAUAAAAACUUCCUAAAAGUUGAACUAUCAAGUCACAUGAUUAUAAUACAUUGACACAUUAUCAACAACAACACAUUACUCAGAUCCCCACGAAGCAAUAAAUCAGCAAGUACCAAGAGUAACAGAUUAUUGUAAAGAUUAAUGUACAGGUAGAUCGGCCAGGUCAGACUUGUGAAGGGUUACCCCAUGUUCGUGGGUCUAUGCACACUCCAUGUGUUCUUCAUAUUAUUCAUGUUACCAUGGUAACUGUUGUGAUAAAUCGUGGAUGGUGACAUUUGUGCUGGCAUAAAGUGCCCCUCCGAGACAAUUCUGUACUAAAUAUAUCACAAAACAUUUCAUUAUUACAUCAUAACGGCGAAUAAAUUGUGACAAGGGUAUAUCAGUUUUGAUGCAUCGAUAUCUUUUCCUGCAGAGUGAUAAAUUAUGCAUGAAGGAGUGUGGUUUAUGCUUACAUCCCUGCCUGAUGCUUUUUUUGGGGGGGGGUUUGUUUUGUCAGGUUGAUCCAUAUUGCAUGUAAUCUAACUCACAGCUAACUUACAUAACAGCUUACAACGUGCUUUUCUGUACAUACACAAUAAAGCAGAUUCUCUCUUGUCAGUCAUAUUGAACCAACCCACAAGUACAACUGUACCAGGGAGUAAUUCAACUAAGCCAGGUUUGACUUUGAGUCAGAAUUUGAAAUAUGAUUUUGGAGCUAUAAUUUAAAAUUAAAAAAAAAAUUAUAAAAAUCAUCAAAAUUUGAAAUAUGACUUUGGAGCUUAUUUUCACAUAGUUUAAAAUUUAAAAAAAAAUUUUAAAAACUUUAAAAUUUGAAAUAUGACUAUGGAGCUUAUUUUCAUAUAGUUUAAAAUUUAAAAAAAAAAAUUUAAAAACUUUAAAAUUUGAAAUAUGACUUUGGACCGAUACAGAGACAAACUCAGAUUUUUACACACGGUAGCGUGAUAAUGUGUGCAUUAAGAAAAUCCAGU